GGGCGCGGGCGUCAUGGCUUUGAGCUCUAGGGCGCACGCUUUCUCGGUGGACGUUUUGGUGGGCAAUUCUCCCAAGCGUAAAAGCUUGGAUUUGGAAGAAGAGCGGUCCGCGGAGAAGGGGACUUUCAGGAAAAGCCAGGUGCCAGAAAAGAAAUCUAAAGGAGAAAUGUCUGAGGAAACGAAGGACGCAACUGGACAGAUCCAGGUGGAUCUACAAGGUUCGGAGCUGUGGAAGCGAUUUCACGAAAUCGGCACUGAGAUGAUCAUUACCAAAGCCGGCAGGAGAAUGUUUCCGUCUGUCAGAGUGAAAGUUAAAGGUCUGGAUCCAAUGAAACAGUAUUACAUUGCCAUAGAUGUGGUACCCGUGGACUCAAAAAGAUACAGGUAUGUCUAUCACAGCUCUCAGUGGAUGGUAGCUGGGAACACGGACCACUCUUGCAUCACGCCUCGGCUGUACAUCCACCCGGAUUCCCCUUGCUCUGGAGAGACUUGGAUGAGGCAGAUCAUCAGCUUUGACCGGGUGAAACUGACCAACAAUGAGAUGGACGACAAAGGGCAUAUUAUUCUACAAUCUAUGCACAAAUACAAGCCCAGAGUCCAUAUCAUCGCCCAGGAUUCCCGAUUUGAUCUUUCCCAGAUCCAGUCCCUUCCAGCAACGGGGGUUCAGAGCUUCGCCUUUAAAGAAACCGAAUUCACCACUGUCACAGCAUAUCAAAACCAGCAGAUAACAAAACUGAAGAUAGACCGGAACCCUUUUGCUAAAGGAUUCAGAGACCCUGGACGAAACAGAGGAGUACUAGAUGGACUUCUGGAAUCGUAUCCAUGGAGGCCAUCACUUACUCUGGAUUUUAAGUCUUUUGGUGCAGAAAAUCAGGGUGGAAGUCCUGGCUCUUCUCCUGUGACACCCACCGGGGGCACCCCAUCUCCCCUCAGCUCCCUCCUUUCCUCUUCCUGUUCUCCCCCGACUUUCCACCUGACAGCAACCAACCUCGGAAUGACCUGCCCGGAUUCUUACCUGCACCAUCUUGGCCUACCCAUCUGCUACAAGAUUUGCCCAACCAGCCUUUUAAGACAGCCCUCACUGAUGUUCCCGGGCCAGCACAAACUGGGAAAUGCCACUGGUCCUCCCCUUUUGCCCCAUUUCAUGGUGGAGGUGCCCACGCUGUCUUCUCUGAACAUAACAAACGUCAAAAGUGGGAAAGCGGAAGACUCAAAUCUACCCAGUCCCCAAGGGCCCAGUUCUGCGAGUCACAUGCUGUAUGGUGUACAUGCAUCAGGAAACAUUUUCCCAUCAAGUCCGGUUACCAGGGAAACGCUGAAUUGUGCUCUCCAUCCUCCCUAUGGUUUCUACGGUUAUAACUUUUCCAUGCCCUCGAGGCUGAUGAAUUCGGCAGGCCAUUUCAAAGCCAAUGAGGGCAUUCCUUCCCCUCUCCGAGAGAGCAGGUGCAACCAUACUCCCUGGGCCUCUACAAUGAACCAUUGCCUCUAG